AUGGAGAAGAGAUUUUACAAAACCUGUUCCAAACAUGCUUACUAUUAAUAUAUUAAUAGAUUUGAUCCAAAAUUGUUAGCCACUUAUUAAACCGGAUAUUAUCAUGGGAUUGGAAGACAAGGAUUAUUCAAAACAUUAGUUUUGAGAUAAGCAGGUGACAGUAUUGGAAUGGAAGAGGAUCACAGUUAUACUUACAAGAUGCACGUGAUGGCCAUGAACUUAAUGUACAGAAGUGGUUGGGUGUUAUUUGCUUACAUUCUUAUUUGGAAUACAUUUUUGUUAGGAGAUCCCUGCUAAGUGUUUAAUACAUCAUAUUGGGACUUGGCAUGCAAACCAUCUGGAGACAUGGAUUACAAUACAAGAUAUGAAAUGUUGUACGUUCAAGACAGAGUGUUAAGAUUCUGAUCCAUAAAGUAUAAAAAUAUUAUUAUUAUUUUAACCAUC